CUCUCUCUCUCAUUCUCUCUCCCCAUCUCUCAGGAGGAUGUUCCUAACAUAGCGUUUCUGGGGUCAGGUGGAGGAGAGAGGGCAGCAGUGGGCAUGCUGGGAUCUCUGCAUCAGCUGGCACAGGACAACCUGCUGGGCAGCCUCCUCUACAUGUGUGGGGUGUCAGGCACCACCUGGUGCAUGUCAUCCCUGUACAGCGAUCCAGAUUGGWCGCUGAAUAAGCGUUGUGAUGAGGUGAUAGAGAAGCUGAAGGGUCCUACGGUGGACUUGACCAAGACUGUUAACCGGCUGAAGUCGAGGAAAGAAGAAAACCAGGACUUCAACCUCACUGACUUCUGGGGCGCAUUCAUUGCAUCCUAUUUCAUGAAAGAGAUAAACACUCGCUGUCUCUCUGAAGAAGCUCACAGGAACAGCACCAACCCCUACCCCAUUUACAGCGCCAUAGAACUGGACUGCAACCGACUGGAUUACACUAAAGAGGUGUGGUUUGAGAUGACCCCCCACGAGAGUGGUUUCUCCGGAUUGGGCGCUUUCGUCCCCACUUUCCUUCCUCGGAAGCAAUGUUGAAGG